CUCCUCCCUCCCGGCUGUGACGUGUGACCUUUCACCCCGCAGAGCCCCACGUGCUGUGCGAUGGAGGAGAGCAGCAGUGGAAACACGCGGAGGAGCGAAGACAUGAAGAAAGUCCGACAGAAAUCUGUGAAGAAGAGGAGCAAAGAGGAGCAGGACGAGGAGCAGGACGAGAUUUUUAACUUCAACCAGAAACCAUCUGAGGAGGAGCAGGACGAAGAUCUGUCAGACAGCGAGGACAGUGUCUACUCAGGACUCGAGGAUUCUGGGAGUGACAGCGAAGGCGAUGACAAUGAGGAGGAGGAGGACGAGAGGGGAUCAGAUGAUGACGAUGAUGAUGAGGAGGAGGAUGGUCUGAAAGUUGAGCCAAAACAGACUGAACAGACAGAGGAGGAGGAGGAGGAGGAGGAGAAGGGAGGAGGAGAAAAGAAAGAAGAUGAGUACGAGCGUGACUCUUCAGACGAGGAGGACAUCAGGAACACGGUGGGGAACAUUCCCAUGGAGUGGUACAAAGACUUCCCUCACAUUGGCUACGACCUGGACGGGAAAAAGAUCUACAAGCCAAUCAGGAACAAGGACGAGCUCGAUGACUUCCUGGACAAAAUGGAGAACCCAGACUACUGGAGAACAGUCCACGACAAGCAGACAGGAAGUGACGUUGUGCUGUCGGAUGAGCAGGUGGAGCUGGUGAAGCGUCUGCAGCGAGGACAAUUUGGAGACGUCAACUUCAAUGAGCACCAGCCUCAGGUAGAGUUCUUCAGCAGCGACCUGAUGAUCCACCCGGUCACCAACAGACCGGAGCACAAACGGAGCUUCAUCCCGUCGCUGGUGGAGAAGGAGAAGGUGUCUAAACUGGUCCACGCCAUCAAGAUGGGCUGGAUCAAACCACGGCGGCAGGAUGAUGACAGCAGGGGACGCUACUACGACCUGUGGGCCUCCGAGGAUGCGUCCAUCCUCGCCAAGCAUAGGAUGCACCUGCCCGCACCCAAGAUUCCUCUACCUGGUCACCAUGAGUCCUACAACCCCCCACCUGAGUACCUGUUCACUGAUGAGGAGCGUGCUCUGUGGGAGCAGCAGGAUACGUCAGACAGGAAGUUUCCGUUUGUUCCCAGGAAGUUCUCGAGCCUCCGUCAGGUUCCUGCAUUCUCGCGUUUCAUCCAUGAGAGGUUUGAGCGCUGCCUCGACCUUUACCUGUGUCCCCGUCAGAGGAAGAUGAGGGUGAACGUGAAUCCUGAAGAUCUGAUUCCUAAACUUCCCAAACCCAAAGACCUGCAGCCGUUUCCAACAACACAGUCUCUGGUGUAUCGGGGUCACAGUGCUCUGGUUCGUUCCAUCAGUCUGUCUCCAUCAGGACAGUGGCUAGCUUCAGGAAGUGAUGAUGGUUCUGUGAGGUUCUGGGAGGUGUGUUCAUCUCGCUGUGUGAAGACCGUUCAGGUGGGCGGAGCCGUGAAGAGCAUCGCCUGGAACCCAAACCCGUCUGUCUGCCUGCUGGCUGUUGCCCUAGACUCUGUGGUGUUGAUCCUGUCUCAGUCUCUGGCAGACAGGCAGGUUGUCUCGGCUUCAGAGCGACUCCUGUCAAGUCAUGAGGAGGCGGAGCCUACAGAGGGGGAUGCUGCUGUCACCUGGACUGAGGUGGAGGGGGAGGAGCUUAACAAGGGGAUCCGUCUGAAAAUACAACAUCCCAAAGCUGUUCACCAGGUGGUAUGGCAUGCCAAAGGAGACUACCUGGCUUCAGUGAUGCCAGAUCACUCUAGCCACCUGCAGGUGUUCAUCCACCAGGUGAGCCGGAGGCGGAGCCAGAAUCCCUUCAGGAAGAACAAGGGUCUGGUUCAGUGCGUGUCCUUCCACCCCAUCAGGCCCUACUUCUUCGUGGCGACUCAGCGCUCCGUCCGCAUCUACAACCUGGUCAAACAGGAAAUGACCAAGAAACUGCAGGCCAACUCCAAGUGGAUCUCCAGCAUGGCCGUCCACCCUGGAGGUGAUCAUGUGAUCUGUGGGAGUUAUGACUGCAGGCUCAGCUGGUUUGACCUUGACCUCUCAACCAAACCUUACAAGAUGUUAAGACAUCAUAAAAAGGCCGUAAGGGGCGUGGCCUAUCACAGACAUUACCCGCUGUUUGCCUCGGCGUCCGACGACGGAUCUGUCAUCGUCUGUCAUGGGACUGUUUACAAUGACCUGCUGCAGAACCCUCUGAUUGUGCCCGUGAAGGUCCUCAGAGGUCACGUGAUCACUCAUGACCUCGGUGUCCUGGAUGUGACCUUUCACCCCUCCCAGCCAUGGGUCUUCUCUUCUGGAGCUGACGCCACCAUCCGCCUCUUCACCUAGAAACCUGAUCUCCAUCACUGUGGUAUCCUAGCAACCUGAUCUCCAUCACUCGUUGCCUUGUUUGACCUUGUACCUUUUUUUUUCUGUCUGUUUUUAGUGAAACUGAAACUUUUGGACCUGUUUGUUUUAUUGUUCAAUAAACAGUCAUUGGAUUACA